CUCCUCGAAAGCAAAAUUUGACAGUCUUCAAAGUUUCUGCUUAUUUUUUUGCAUUGAAAAGAUAAAAAGUUAAUUAAUUUCAUUCAUAUAAGGAAAAUUAUUUAUUUUCCUUAAAUUAUAAUAACUCAAUAAGAUAAGCAUUAUUUCCUAACUGUUUAAUUAGUCUAAAAUAGUUAGUAAAAAUGGAUAGCAAAGGGCGAAAUGUAAUAGUUUGUGAUAAUGGAACCGGUUUUGUAAAAUGUGGCUAUGCUGGCAGUAACUUUCCAGCGCAUAUAUUUCCCUCAAUGGUUGGAAGGCCAAUAAUCAGAGCGGUCAACAAAAUUGGUGACAUUGAAGUCAAGGAUUUACAUGUCGAUGAUUUAAUGGUUGGAGAUGAAGCUUCGCAAUUAAGAUCAUUGUUGGAGGUAUCAUAUCCGAUGGAAAAUGGUGUUGUGCGCAACUGGGAAGAUAUGUGUCAUGUAUGGGACUACACAUUUGGUGAGAAAAAAAUGAACAUCGAUCCUACAAAUACAAAAAUUCUUCUCACUGAACCACCAAUGAAUCCAACAAAAAACCGAGAAAAAAUGAUUGAGGUCAUGUUUGAAAAAUAUGGAUUUGAUUCAACGUACAUUGCUAUCCAAGCGGUGCUCACGCUGUAUGCUCAAGGGUUAAUAUCUGGGGUGGUAAUCGAUUCUGGCGAUGGAGUAACGCAUAUUUGUCCGGUUUAUGAGGAAUUCGCUUUGCCACAUUUAACAAGGAGACUCGAUAUUGCUGGUCGAGAUAUUACCCGAUAUUUAAUAAAGUUACUCUUGCUGCGUGGAUAUGCAUUUAAUCAUUCAGCUGACUUCGAAACAGUUCGAAUGAUGAAGGAGAAACUCUGUUAUAUUGGCUAUGACAUUGAAAUGGAACAAAGACUUGCACUUGAAACAACUGUUUUAGUUGAAUCGUACACGCUUCCCGAUGGUCGAGUGAUAAAAGUCGGUGGUGAAAGAUUUGAAGCACCAGAAGCUUUAUUUCAGCCUCAUUUAAUCAACGUUGAAGGGCAAGGUAUUGCCGAACUAGUAUUUAAUACAAUCCAAGCUGCCGAUAUUGAUAUGCGACCAGAAUUGUACAAACACAUUGUCCUCUCUGGUGGUUCUACUAUGUAUCCAGGUCUUCCGAGUCGUUUAGAACGAGAAAUUAAGCAACUGUAUUUAGAGCGCGUUUUAAAAAAUGACAUAGACAAAUUAUCGAAAUUUAAAAUUCGUAUUGAAGAUCCGCCAAGACGAAAAGAUAUGGUUUUCAUUGGUGGAGCUGUUCUUGCUGAUGUUACAAAAGAUCGCGAUGCAUUCUGGAUGUCCAAACAAGAAUACCAAGAGCAAGGACUUAAAGUAUUACAAAAACUCACGAAAAGAACCCAAUAACGCGUGGCGCUUUGCUUUCAUGUAGUUGUCUUACUUUUAAGUUUAAAAACAAUUUUUAUAUUCCAUUAUUUGUUAUUUUAUAUUUUAACUGUCCGUAUUUACAUGCAUUAUAUUUUGUAACUCGUAAAACUUCUUACUAUUUAAAAUAACGAACAAAACAAAUUACGGCUUAGUUGUAUCUUUGAAAAAGAAUUAGGACAUUAUAAUUAUUUGUUAUUCUUUUUUUAACGAGGAGUAUAUGAAUUUUUAAUAUUAAAUGUAACGUGUAUAAUAAAAUUACAACUAAUUGUUGUUAGAUACUCUUUCACGAUACAUAAA